UGUAAACAGCUGUACAUUUUGCCAUGUGCGGUUUGUUGACGAUUGAUUUUCAACAUGGACACUGGAUUUGAGGUGGAUCUUGUGACAGCUUUGAAGGAAGUGAUUGAUAACAGCAGAUGGAAGAACCUAGGUCCCACUGAACAUUUUAAGGCAAAGACGUGCACCAGGUUGUAUUCUGUAGGAGGUGAUGAGGAUGUUGUCGUAGUUCAUCGUGUUGACACAUUUUAUGCUCUUGGUGCCGACUGCCCUCAUGAAGGAGGCCCACUGGAUCUCGGCGACAUAGAGGAUAUAGAUGGACACGAGUGUCUGGUCUGUCCCUGGCAUGAAUAUGACUUCAGGUUAGAUAAUGGAGACUCUACAUCCGGGCUCAAGCAACCAACAUUUGAAGUCAGGGUCGUCGAUGACCAUCUGUACAUAGACACAGAGACAGAGCUGUCUCUUACAAGAGACUCCGAUUCAGAACUUGGCAGUCAGAGUCAGUCGACAUCUGGUAAAGGGGCGGAUGCAAUUCAGUCAGGUCCUGCAUCAGAUGAGGAAAAUGAAGACACGCUCUGUCAUUGGGCAGUCAGGGUACUACGAACAGCAGAUCCAGCUGAAAAGGUCAGACUAACCCAUGAGGUGCAGGAGAGAUGGAGAACGGGAGAUCUUAGAGAGAUUGGGAGAUGCAGUCCACCAGACGAGCCCAAGAGGGAGGAAACACUCAGUGUGGUAGCUCCAGGGAAAAUCAAGAGGGGCAAAGGAGGCACUCUGGGAAACCGUAUAGCAUCACUGCACUCUCUGGCCAAUAUAGAGCAGUGGGCAGUCGACUUGUCGUGGGACAUUAUCGCUAGAUUUGCUGGGACCGCUUUAGGAGACGGAAGUCAACUACCCAGAGAGUUCUUUACUGACUUUGUCAAAGUGGCUGGCGAUGAAGCAAAGCAUUUCAAGAUCUUGAAUGACAGACUGCAUGAGUUGGGCAGCCAUUUUGGAGCACUUCCUGUUCACAAUGGUCUGUGGCAGUCUGCAACGGAGACGAAAGAUAACCUCUUAGCCAGACUGGCAGUAGUUCACAUGGUGCAUGAGGCAAGAGGGCUUGAUGUCCACCCAAAGACUCAAGAGCGAUUCGCCAAGCAGCAAGACGCUGCAUCCGUCUCCAUCUUGGAGGUGAUCUACACAGAUGAGAUCACCCACGUAGCCGCAGGUUUGAAGUGGUUUACCUACGUCUGCCGCCGUGCCGUCCCACCUCUGGAAUGCAUCUCAGAGUUCCACAAGCUCGUCAGAAAACACUUCAGGGGUUUAUUGAAAGCGCCCAUCAACGAAGAGGGGAGGACUACUGCAGGAAUGAGCAAGGAGUGGUAUGUCCCAUUGAUGCAACCAGCCAAUCAGAGUGCAGAUAAUAAGGACUCUUCCAUUGCAACAGGGGUAACAAGUUGAAACCAGAUCAGUCAUCACUGCAGUACAUUCUUGCACAGAAACAUAAAUUAUUAAUUUUAUUGGUAAAUGACAUUAUUUUUAUAUAAGGGGAACUCAUGCAGCGUUUCAAUUUAAUUAAUUGUUAAUGCUAAAAAUAUUAAGAAUUAAAAAUAUUCAAUUCAUACAAAAGAAUUUCAAAUUGUUAUGUAAUGAUGGUUUGUAAACUCAAAAUCUUUCUACAAAAAAACCCCCCAAAUGUGCGUCAUAUUCUUCAACACUUUAAAAAACACUGUGUGGUUGUGUGCAAAGGGUAUAGAGUGGUUGUUCCCAAGAUAGGGAACUGGAGCUCUAUCUAUCGCUUGAAUGUGAAGUACGCAUUGGCGCCAUUCCAGCAAGCAAAUGUUUUAUGUCAUUGACAGCAAUGGUCAUUGUCUGCGCUGAUCUACUGUUACAUCAAAAAAGAUGCGUGCUGAAAUGGCGUCCAGUGUACAUUUCCCUUUUCAGCAGGAGUUCCUCAUCUUGCACAUCCAACACUCUAUAAUCUUUGGACAUACGUAUACAUGUACAAUGGGUGCUUUUGUUUAGCUUCCGUGGGUCUACCCCGCAGUGCUCACUUGUGGUGAGCCCGACAAGAGCUAAACAACCGACCACUCACAGCUCGCGUAGUGACGCCAUUUACCUGGGGCCAGCCCCCAAGUGACCCACUCCACAAGCAGGGCACUGGGGGCUGACCUGGGUGUGAGCCCCUGGAAUGACGUCAAAGGCUAAACAAAUGCACCCAUAGAAUGUUUCAAGUCCCUACAAAUUGUAGUUUUCCCAAAUGAUGUAUGGGACAUUUCCAUAACCGUGGGUUCCAGGGAAUUGUUUCUUGUUCGUCUGCUUAUUAAACAACAGAUCGUCGUAAUAUUGUUUGAAGAUGACAGAACUUCGA